GCUGGCGGCCGGAGGCGGCACCGGUGAGGGGACCCGCGGCCGUGGCGAGAACGCGCCCAGCCCCGCCGCGAUGCCCCCGCGCCCAAGACGCCUCCUCCCGCUGCUGGCCCGGCUGCCGGCCUUCACCACGCUACUACUGCUGCUCGGCAAUGGCGGCGGCGGCGGGCGCUGGGGCGCCCGGGCCCAGGAACCGGCAGCGGAUGGCUCCCCCGCGGCCGGCAGCGGAGACCGGCAGGACCCGCACGCCAAGCACCUGUACACGGCCGACAUGUUCGCGCACGGGAUCCAGAGCGCCCCGCACUUCAUCAUGUUCUUCGCGCCUUGGUGUGGACACUGCCAGCGGCUGCAGCCAACUUGGAAUGACCUGGGAGACAAAUACAACAGCAUGGAGGAUGCCAAGGUCUAUGUGGCUAAAGUGGACUGCACGGUCAACUCGGAUGUGUGUUCUGCCCAGGGCGUGCGGGGAUACCCCACCCUAAAGUUUUUUAAGCCCGGCCAAGAACCAGUGAAGUACCAAGGUCCGCGGGACUUCCAGGCACUGGAAAACUGGAUGCUGCAGACUCUGAAUGAAGAGCCGGCUGUGAGUGCCCUGCCUCCCUCCCUUUGUUCCUUCCUACAUUUGGGGGUAAUAUGUAACUGGGCAGAGGCCAGAUGAGGUGAGUAAUCAAGGAUGCCAUUUGAAAACAACUCUUUGCUUUUUUAGAACUCAUUGAUAGUAUAAGAUUAACUUAAAACAAGUUUUAAAUGGAAAUAUUUAAACAUACACAAAACUAGAAGAAAAUCCUAGCUUCAAUAGUUGUCACCUGUUAGUCAACCAUGUUUGUCUCCUCUGCCUCCCACCUUGCCCUGCAUAUAAAUAUUUCAGUACACAGUCUUACAGAUAAAACUUUUGAUGUUGCAACUUUCACAUGAAAUCCACUAUUGUAC